CUGGUGUCAAACCAGUUUCGCAAGAUUUUACUCAAGGCCGUUUGUCGCCAUGUUCCGUUAAGAAUAUCAAUGUUUCUGCCAUCCUAUGUAAUGUGUACUAUGGAUAGCUUAUCACCUUCGACCAUAAGAGAGUUACAAUGUACAUGUGUUCUGUGCGACAAUCUAUGUUUGGAUUAUGGGUGACUAGACUUGUGGACAACCUUUCCGUUGGAAUAGCGGCCUGGUCAUUUGAACAGCGUUCCGGGCUUCAAGAGAACCGAGAACAAUGAGACUACUAAACUCCGACCACGCACCUGCUCGAGAAAACCAUGAUGUCAUCCAGACCUGUCAUUUUAAGAUGGGAUGAUGUAUAGUUUAUCGGGGGCGUACACCGGGGAUUGAGGCUAGAAAAGGCGGCAAAUCUGCGGUUUGCGGCAGACCACGACGGGGAGAUCAACCUGGAGACGUCCCUACCCCGACAUCUUCACCAACCGUCACCAGACGACAGUGCGCACGACGUGGGUCGGAAGGACCGGAGAACCUCGACGGGACCAGACCCGACGCUUGUCCGAGCACCCAUCGCACCCUUCACCUGCACGUCCGUACGGGAUACCGAUCAAUACAGUCCAACACCGCACAACCGUGAGCUAGCCUGGAUACAUCAUGGACCGGCGAGUGUCGGUAUCUGUGGGUCUGCUAGUCCUCGUCGCUAUGGGCACUGGCGUGACUGGUCAAGAUUGCCCCUCUGAUUACACUCGACACGGUGCUUGGUGUUUUAAGGAGUACGUGGAAGGGAAGUUCUACAACGAUGCCAGACAGGUUUGUGCAGGCGACGGAGGGCUUUUGGCCAUGCCGAAGGACAGCGACGUGGACAACUUCUUGAUGAAUACUCUGACGAAUAGAAUGAAUCACUGGAUCGGUCUGAACGACCAGAAUACCGAGGGUGAGUGGAGGUGGGAAGACGGAACUCCACAUGACAGAAAUGCUGACUACGGCCGCUGGCGGGACGGAGAACCGAACGGUGGAAGGGGAGAAAACUGUGUACACGAUUCUACUGGAUGGAAUGACCUUAACCGUAAUCAUGAUAUGCCGUUCAUCUGCCAACUGCUGACCGGUGUGAACGAAUGUGCAGAUGGCACGGACAACUGCCACGAACAAGCUACCUGUACUGACACUAUUGGAUGGUUUAACUGCACCUGUAACGUCGAUUACUACGGCGACGGAGUCACUUGUACUGAAUGCCCCGCUGGUUACACUCUACAUGGCAAUUCGUGCUUUAAGGCGUACGGUGAAAGGAAAUCUUACGACGAUGCCAGACAGGUGUGUGCAGACGACGGAGGGCUUUUGGCCAUGCCGAAGGACAGUGACGUAGACAACUUCUUGGUGAACACUCUGAGGAAUCCAAAUGCACAUUACUGGAUCGGUCUGAACGACCAGAACAGCGAGCGCAUGUGGAUGUGGGAAGACGGAACUCCACACAACACAACUGGUGACUACAACCGCUGGCAUCCAGGUGAACCCAACCACGUCAACCAUGAUGAAGACUGCGCACAUUACCACUACGGUGAAGCUGCUGUAUGGACCGACAUGUCGUGCUCUCGUUCAGAAUUGUUCAUCUGCCAAGUGGACCGCGAUGUGGGGAAUCCAGAUCACUGCGACCCCAACCCUUGCCAGAACGGAGGAACGUGCACCGAGAUUGGUGUUAUGUCCUACAGGUGUGAAUGCCCGGACGGGUGGUCAGGACACAACUGUGAAAUUCAUUGUCCUCCAGAUUACACUCCAUACGCUGGUUCGUGCUUUAAGGUGUUCUGGGAAAAGAAACCUUACGACGAGGCCAGACAGUGGUGUGCAGACGACGGCGGGCUUCUGGCUCUGCCGAAGUACAGAGACGUAGACGACUUCUUGGUGAAUACUAUGCGGAAGACAAAUGCACAUUACUGGAUCGGCCUGAACGAUCAGAAUACCGAGGGUGUGUGGAUGUGGGAAGACGGAACUCCACACAACACAACUGGAGACUACAACCGCUGGCUUCCAGGUGAACCUAACAACGUGAACACGGGUGAUGACUGCGCACACUACCAUUACGGUGAAGCUGCUGAAUGGACCGACUUGUCGUGCUCUCGUUCGGAAUCGUUCAUCUGCCAACUACUACCGGCCACAGACCCCUGCGACCCCGACCCUUGCCAGAACGGUGGAGUGUGCACCAGUAGUGGAGAUUCCUACACCUGUGAGUGUGUGGAUGGGUGGGGAGGACCCGACUGUCAAACUGAUGACGACGAAUGUGCAGCUAACACGGACAACUGUCACGAACAAGCAACCUGUACUAACACUGAUGGCGGAUUUGACUGUAACUGUAACGGAGGUUUUACCGGCAACGGCGUCACCUGUACUGAUGUCGACGAAUGUGCAGCUGACACGGACAACUGUCACGAACAAGCAACCUGUACUAACACUGAUGGCGGAUUUGAAUGUAACUGUGACGGAGGUUAUACCGGCAACGGGGUUACCUGUACUGAUGUCGACGAAUGUGCAGCUAACACGGACAACUGUCACGAACAAGCAACCUGUACUAACACUGAUGGCGGAUUUGACUGCAACUGUGACGAAGGUUAUACCGGCAAUGGAGUCACAUGCACGGGUCUGUCUGACUUCAUCUUCACCGAUAUCGGGAUGGACUACAUGACCCUGUCCUGGACAGUGCCUGCUGGCCUUAAUGUCACACGAUACCGACUCCGUUACCGUCAUGCCGGGGCUUCGUACCGGGAUCUGUCUCCCCCACCAGGGCCGGGUGACACCACGGCUACCGUACCCGGACUGUGGGCAGACACAGAGUACACCUUCACCCUGACUGCGUUUGGAGGUAACGACGAGGAAAUUGGAGAGAUCAGUGGGACGGAGACAACAGCUGAAGUUAUCGUGAACGUGGAGUGCCAUGAGGACUACAUGACCGUGACCUUCCCUAGAGCAGCGCUACCGGCGGUAGAUGUGGACAACAUGCACCUGUUGGAUGACAGCUGCCGUGCGACAGUUACCCAGACGGAGGUGACUCUCCGGGCCGGCCUGCAAGACUGCGGGACGAUUCAGGAUUCGUCAGAAGAUGACAAGUUCAUCUUCACUAACGAGGCCAUCGCUAGUCAGGUAACGUCUGACAACGGAGCUGUGAGAGGAACGCCCUUCAGCAAGAGGUUCCAGUGUGAGUUCCUCCGUCAGUACGUGGUCUCACAGGGAAGGGAUAUCCUCUACAACAUCCCGUCUCCUCGUGUGCAAGUCGUGGACGCGGAAAACAGUUUCACCUUCGAGAUGCACAUGUUCACGUCUGCAGACUUCACUGCGACAUACAAUUCACCUGACUACCCUGUGCAGGUGACUUCAUCUGACAAUCUACACUUCGGAUUGAGCGUGAACUCACCUCUGAACAACCUGGAGCUGUUCGCUCUCCACUGCCUCGCCACGCCCAGUACCGACCCUGGUGACUCUCCAAGCGUCAGCAUCAUUCAAGACGGGUGUGACAUCGACACCACGCUUCAGCUAGACACAACACUGUCUAACGACAUGGCCUUAUACUACUCCAUCCAAUCUUUCACCUUCCCCAACAUUGACGAUCCCAGUCUGGUGUACAUCCAUUGCACCAUGGUAGUCUGCUUCAAAGACGACCCGGACUCGCGGUGCAGUCAGGGAUGUGUCUCCUCAAGGCGGCGCAGGCGCGCUGUGUCUGACAUGAGCGAGGCCCGAGUGCGACGUGCCAGCGAAAGGGACCACAUCACUACCGUCAGCCAAGGACCCUUUGCUGUUGAGAGUGGACAAGGACAAGGAGAAGCCUCCACCAUCCCCACCGUCGGCAUCGCUGUCGGGACAGCUGCGGGGAUAGCUGGCGUCCUCCUGCUGGUCGUUGCUGUCUUCCUGGUGAGGAAGAGACGUGGUCGUGACGUCAAGGAGCAGGCUGAGGAUCGUGUCGGUUUUGACAACUAUUCGCUUGAGAUCUGGGGAAAGGACAAGGCUGGGAACGCGACCGCUAAACCUGAGUAGUCGUGUCUUGUGUGUGACUCGAGAUAUCAGUGUGGCAGCCCACAAAAUCUCUCUCCCCUCUCUCCCUCUCAUUCGGUCACUACCUCUCUUUUUCUCUCUCUCUCUCUUUCUCUCUCCCUCUCUCUCCUAUAUUCAUACAUAUUCAACCUAUCGACCAUCUCCCUCUUAUUCGCUCACUGUAUCUCUUGCUCUUCUCUCUCUCUCAUAUGACAUUAAUGCAUGUGGAAACAUGCACACACACACACACACCCACACACCCACCCACACACACACAUACACACCCCCCCCCCCCACACACACACACAGAGAAACGCACACACUUAUGGUUUCUUUCACUCUUUUCCUUACUAUCUAAUCUUGUCUCUAUCUUUUCAAUCAACAGAAGUCUUUUCAUUCUUUAUCUCUUGAGCGUUGUGAUAUUCACAGACGCAUAUAAGUAAUUAGAUAUAAAAAAACGACAACAGUUAGAAGCCUAUAGGGACAUUUUAUGGGGGAAUCAAUCAUUGAAACAUAACAGAUCUUUUUCGGAUUAAGACUAAAUUUGCGAAACUUUCACAGGACAAAAUAGCAAAGUAAUGUCACACAAUGAGUAAAUUUCAGAUUUUUGAAAAGACCAAAUAAGUAGAGGACCAUCUGUUACUCUUUGCCUGUAAACGUUAUAAAACUGGACGCUAUAAACCAACCAUGAUCAACCAUGUUAACACAAACACUAUAGA